CUUGGGGAUUCCUGGGCACGCGCAAACUCUUUUCCUCGUGUUCUGAAGGCGAGCUGAAGUGCUGUGACCAUGAGGAGGCCGAAACUUAAAAAAGGUAGUAAGCGUAUGUCAUGUAGCAGAAAAUACAAGAUUCAAAAAAAGGUUCGAGAGCACAAACGCAAAGUCAAAAAAGAAGCCAAAAAAGCUGGUCAUAAGAAGCAGAAGAAGGAUAUUAGUGUUCCGAAUGAGGCUCCAUUUAAGGAGGACAUACUUCGAGAAGCUGAAUUGCGAAAACAGAGGAGAGAGGAGUUGAAAGCUGCCCAGAAACUUCAGAGACAGAAGGAAGUUGAAAAAAAAAGAAAAUUGGAAGCAAAAAAGAAAGAUACUACUGAAAAGAAGGCGACAAAUAAGAAGGAAAAAGUUAAGGCUGCGAAAGCAAAAAAGCAGAGUAAUGAGAAUCCUUGCAAAUUGUUUUGCAGAGAGGUUAACAAGGUGAUUGAAGCUUCUGACGUUAUCUUGGAAGUCUUGGACGCUAGAGACCCUAUAGGUAGCAGAAGUGUGCAAGCAGAAGAAGCAGUUCUCAAACAUCCAAACAAGAAGCUAAUACUGAUUCUCAAUAAAACUGAUUUGGUGCCCAAGCAAAAUGCUGAGAAAUGGCUACAGAUUUUGAAGACUGAGCUUCCAACAGUGGCCUUUAAGUGUUCAACACAAGUGCAAGAGAAAAAUAUGCAAGUAAAGACCCGUAAAGUCAACCCUGGCUGCAUUGAUGUAACAAAGGGCACAGUUUGUCUUGGCGGAGAAGCUUUGUUGAAGCUUCUUCAUAGCCUUUGUCCUUCAAAGGAUGAACGGAUUAAAGUUGGCUUAAUAGGAUUUUCUAAUGUGGGGAAGAGUAGCUUGAUCAACAGCUUGAAACAAGUUCGUGUUUGUAAUGUUGCAGCAAAGAAGGGCACUACUAGGGUACUGCAAGAUGUGAGAGUUGACGAUAAUAUAAAGAUGAUCGAUAGUCCUGGUCUAGUAGUGUCUGCAUCUAACCCACCUCUUGCUACAACACUGCGAAGUGCCUUUGAUAAUGACAGUGAAGAAGUCUUAAAAGCAGUGAAUUUUAUUUUACAAAGCAGCAAUAAUCAACAGAUUAUGCUGCAGUACAACAUUGCAGACUUCAGAAACCCGCUUGAGUUUUUAACUCUUCUGGCACAUAAAAGGGGAAUGUUAAAAAAAGGUGGUGUGCCAGACACAGAGAGAGCUGCUAAUCUUCUUCUUAAUGACUGGAAUGGAGCAAGAUUAAGUUAUCAUUCCACACCACCUGCGUCUCUUGAGUCUCACCCGCAUAUCACAAGCGAAGUCACUGCUUCAAUGCAGAAAGGCAUCAAUCAAAAUCUCCUAGAUGAGGACAACUUAAGUACAAUUAAAUCUCUGAAGUGUCCUAGUGCUGCCAGCAGCAUUGUGUUUAAAUCUGCUGGUUUGACCAAUACCAUAAUGGAUGAGAGUGAAAUAAUAGAUGAAGUUCCAGAACAAGAUGAAAUAGAAAGUAUGAAUGAAGAUGAAGAAUGUGGUCAUGAAGAAAAGGAAGUUGACUUAAGUGAUGGUGAUAAAGAGGAAGUGGAGAGGCCAGAUCUGUCCAACAAUCCAGGAAUUGAGGAUUCAAAAACAAUCGAAUUUACCAACAACGCAAAGACAAAAAUAGUCAGUUUUGAUAACCCGCCAGGAGAUGAUACUUAUGAUUUUAACACUGAUUUUGUGUGAGAAGUUCCCAGCAAUCAACAAGGAAACCCAGGACUGCUGUGUUUGGAUUGUGAAUUACCGUCUAUGCUUGCGACAGUAAUAUUGACAUUCUUGCAACCGAAUAACAACCUACAUAUAUCUCCAAUGCACAUAAAUGUUUGUCUGAAUUUAUAAGUGGAUUUAGAUUUUAAAAACCAAUUGAUUGGUUCUUCCUAACACAUUGUGGAAAUUGCUGGUUUGUCCUCGUAGUAGUAUAAAAUGAAUUUCCGUUCAACAAUCAUUCUCCAAACUUGUGUAAUAAGAAGUGCAGUGGGGAAAAAAUGUUUCAGAAGAAUCCUCUUCAAAAAGUUUUUCAUUUAUGUGGUUGUUUAGUUUGGCAGAAUUUUUACAACAUAAUUUAUUUUCUUUGGAGAAAAUCUUCAGGGCAGCAUUAGAACAGUUGUGCAACAUUGCUGGGUAGUUAUUUAAGCCUUUCCUGCCUGAUUAGUGUAAAUUUGUACCUUUUACUGCUUUUAGAGUAACUGUUUUAAUCGCAGGAAUGAAAAAAAUGCUGUGCCAUCAUUGGUUUAUUACAUCAGGAUUGUUUUUUUGCAUCAUCUGAAUGCACGUUUAGUAUAAAGGACAUUUUUGUAUCUUGUGCAUUUGACGGGACGGUCUACGGAUAACGUCUUUACUACUAUUUCCCAGGUUUGCACGACCAGCAUUAUGUUAAUAUAUCUCUGCCUGUUUCUAAGCCCCCUGCUGGUUGCCUUUUAUCUAGUACAUUUUUUUUAUUACCUUUUCAAAGCCAGAUAAUGAUAGUUAAUGUGUGUCGUAUAGAUAACAUUGUGUUCAAUCCUCUGGAGUUAAGAAUGUGUCAGCACUGUUUGGCUAAAUGCAGAAAUAGCACUAAGGUAAGGGGGCAGUCUACAGAGGCUUAGAUACAAGGUAAUCCGAGGUAAAAAGUGUAGUACUGUAACCGUGUUGGUUAUGCAGAACUGGGGAAUGAGUAAUAAAGGGAUUAACUAUCUUUUUAAGACUGGUCCUUUAAGACUAAAUAUGAUUAAUAUAUAUUUAUAUAUUAAAAUGUUAUAAAGCUCUCCCUUUUUUAUGGAGAAUAUAGCAUUAGGUUCUAUGAACCUAGCUUCAAUUUAUACUUUUUUUUUUUUUUUUUGUAAUGUUGAAAGCAGAAAAUAAAUUUGACUUCAAUAAAUUCAAAUGAAUGCA